AUGAAGCCUUCAUCAUCGGUGGAAAAGGACUCUCUGAAGAUAAAGAAGGGGCAGGAUCUGUCCCUUGCUGGGGAGAAUACUGAACAGCUGGCUGUAGCACAGGGUGUCAGUUGGAAGGAGGCUUUUCUGUUUCAGGUUGGUAGAGUUCUCCUUACCGCUGGGCCAAGGAGAGUGGUUGACGCUCAAGACCCACAGACUUUGGGCCAUCUGCCUUCUCCAAAGACGACAGAGGUGAGGGCCAAAGAAGAAUAUCAAAAAGCGAGGAAAGAAGAGGAGAUAAUGAAUAAAGAAAAGGAGGAGGAGGAGAAGGAAGAGAGAAAAGCAACCAUGCUGGAUCUUCUGUUGCCCUCCUCAGGGCCGCUGCCGCUGCCAGCUCUACUACAACUACCCUGGGAUCGAGGUGACCUGCCCCCACCUCCCAAGAUGCCACGUAUUGACACAGAGAAAGAAUCAGACAGCAUGAAGAGCGUGAAGGGUCAAGCCACCCAGAUCUCAGAUGGUAAAGCAGAUGCCUUACAGCCUGAAAACCAGAUGGUGUCAGUCCACACUGCCCCUCUGCCUGUCCUGCCCAGCCCCCCACCUCCUUCAGGGCCUGCAGGCUUUCUGUCUCUGCCCACUGAUGGGAUUUCCAGCCCUGGUCCUCCUGCCCCAACUCUCUUUUUAUGCCAGGCUGCUGGGCCCCCAAUCCCAUCUGUCCCUUCACCUCCCCUCACAGCAAAUAUACCCACAAUCCCCAUUUCUCCUUCAGCUCUCCCCUCUGAGCCUCUUCCUCCCUGUAGGGCCAGGCCCAGUGUGGAGACUCCACCAGAUGCAAAGAAAGGCCCGGCUGAUUUGACCACAGCUUUGGCUUCUGCCAUUUCUCAUCUCCCCAGGCCUGGUCCUGAACCUUUGUCUUUCAACCUCCCCUCCUGCAGGAGGGUGUCCCCAGCCCCAAUGAGCAUAGCUGGUCACCCUCCCCUCCCCUUCCCUGAUACUUCUCUAGCCCCUUCCCUCAGGAACCCUCCUACAGUGUCUACCAUGGCAUCCCAUGCCUGUGAGGACAUGAGCUGGGAGCCAUCUUCAGGGCCUGCAGUGAUGGACAUGGAUACCACACCCCCAUCUGAGGCAGCUAUUCUGAGCUCACCCACAGUCAGCAGUGGUAGCUGUUUGCCAUUUGCUCCUAGCCAUGGCUGUAUGCACCAGAGGCUGGCUGCAAACGCUGCAGUGUCCACUGGCCCACUCACACUCAGGGUGCCCUGCCACACCCCCAUUGGGAAUAAUCUGUACACUCCUAGGCCUAGCAAUGGGUAGAAGCAGGGAGUGUCUCCCUCUGGUGAUCCUGGUGUUUGGACUCAGCCUGGGCUGGACCCAGCUCUUCCUGCCAUAGCAGCAAUAACACCUUCUCAUGCUGCCAUGGACUUGGAGUUCAUGGAUACCACCCCUCCUUCUAAAGCUGUCAUCUUGCACUCUUCCCCUGCUGCUGACCAUGUCUCCAACAGUCUGCUUCCCCAGUCAGUUUGGGGGCCUCUUAAGGCUUGCAACCAUACUGGAGCUACCUCUCAGUCCACCCCUGCACUGCUAAAUGGGCCUCGGCCUAACGGCUGUGUCUUUCUGAGGAAUCCAUCCACGUCAACAGCAGCAAUUGGCCUCACCUCACUAGCUGGCCAACCUGCUAGUGGUAGCACCGCUCAACUAGGAUUUGCAGGCUCAACAUCACCUGUUCACUGGGGCAAGCCUAAUGACACUGUGCUGGUCUGUGGGAAGCGCUCAGGUGCUUCCUACAUUGCUGUGCCCACUUCAGGGUUUACCCUCCACACAGGAGUGGGCUCGGAACUACAGCUCAUCACCCAUCAACUUCACUCCUGGCACAUCACCAUUGGUGAGACCUGUGGUGCCACUGAUUGGAGAGAACUGUGCCCAUGGCAAGCUCACACAAGGAUCAGUGUCCACAGGAUACACUGCUGGACGGAAGGGGAAAGACAGUAGAGCUUCUGUUGCCCCUAUUGUUCUCAAACUUUGCCGCUCAUCUGCACACAGUGGUGAUGCUGUGCAAGUGGAGGCUGGAGGACACUAGAAGAGGGCUGAGUGGCCCUCCCUGGACUGACUUCUACACAAGGCUGGCAAGCACAACCUUUGCUGUUUACAGAUCUUCAUAUGCAAGUAUAAAAUUCACUUCUGCAGAUGCCCACAGA